AUGGCAACAAAUACAGGUUUAUUGGACGCACCGGUAGUACAGGACUAUAGAUCGGCCGAUAUUUCGGUGAAUAUAACCAAUCAGACAGUUAUCGGUCAACUAGACUAUAGUUUAGCGGCUAAUCUACUGGUCUGGAGGGUACAGGAGCCGGAUAAUGCCAUCUAUGUUGCACCUAUUGAUCCCAGUGGCGGCAAUAUAUUGGGAAUCAAUAGCCAAUCGGCCAAAAGCCAGGACAGUAGGACCGGCCAGUUGUUGGUACGGCUCAGCCGAUCCCAGUCGACCCGAUUGUCAAUCGAUUGGAUACACCAGCUAUGCUACUAUAACCUCAAUGACAAGAUCGUUGUGUUCAACCUAACCGACCCUAAACUGGCCAACGGUUAUGUAGUGGUCAACGAAAUGUUUUAUCAUACUGUCCACGAUCUGGUAGUCGACCCGCGCGAGUCCUUACUAUUCUGGUCAGUAUCGGACAACAGUUUCGAUGAUAAUAAAACCGGACGAUUGAUGCGGUCGGGUCAGGACGGCAGCAAUAGUCGGGCGCUGGUCGGUCCGGGACCCGAAGUUAAGGAACCGCUGGUUAUGGCCAUCGACGGCUGGCCGGGCGGUGAACGGCGGGUCUAUUGGAUCGAUAGGUAUUUGUUUCGAUUUUUUUCGGUCGACUACGACGGCCACGGGUUGCGUCGGAUACUGGAGUCGCGCGAGUUGUUUACACUGUCAAAGUUUAUGGUCGUCUACGGCGACGAUAUUUUAUGGUCAAACUAUUAUCAUUCGUCGGUAUUGAUGACCAACAAGUUUGGCCGGAAUGGCAGCCAAAUCCGUUAUCUGGUCAAAGGUCAACAGUCGGUUGAAGUCGAAGCCGUUAGGAUUCUAGAUAGCCGACUGCAGCCAACGGUCGAGGCCAGUGACCGAUGCCGUCGGCAUCGGUGCCAGUAUUUGUGUUUACCGAUAGCCGAUUCAGCCGAUAGUGAUGGUCACCAUCAGUAUCGGUGUGUUUGUCCGCAAAUCAAUCUAAGCAAUCGUCUCUAUCCUACUAAUCAUAACAAUUGUACGGAAUCUUUAGUGAUUAAUUUGUAA